AUGGCCUCCAACUCCAAGUCUAAAUGGGCUGUCGACGAUGAAGAAGAAGCCGCAGCCGUCGCAUUACGGAAGAAGGAGAGAGACGAGAGAAGACGAUUGAAGGAAGAAAAGGCUCGACAAGCAGCGAUUGCCACCGCGGCAACCCCUUCGAGUCCCAGCAACGAAAAUGAACGAGCCGCCAAACGACAGAAAACCUCACCAGAGAAAGAGAAUGGAGCAUCAACAUCCACAAGCGAGGAAGGGGCUCAUCUACUACACUUCCCAAGCCGGCAGUUUGGCCCUUGCGGACACGUCGACCAGUUUGAGCUUCUCAACAACAUCGAAGAAGGCUCUUACGGCUUGGUGUCGCGGGCGCGCACGAAAGGUUCCGGCGACAUUGUGGCAUUGAAGCGGUUAAAGAUGGAACAUACAAACGACGGAUUCCCUGUGACGGGACUCCGAGAGAUCCAGACUCUCAUGGCAUGUCGGCACGCAAAUGUGGUCAAGUUGCUCGAGGUGGUGAUGGGGACCAGUUUGAAAGAUGUCUAUCUCGUCAUGGAGUUCCUCGAACACGACCUCAAGACUCUCCUCGAAGACAUGGCCGAGCCGUUUCUGCCGUCGGAAACCAAGACGCUCAUGCUCCAGAUCGUCUCGGCAACCGAAUACCUGCACUCGACCUGGAUCAUGCAUCGGGACUUGAAGACCUCGAACCUUCUACUCAACAACCGAGGGGAAAUCAGGUUGGCGGAUUUCGGCAUGGCCAGAUAUACGGGCAACCCUCGGCCGAAGCUGACACAGCUUGUGGUCACUUUGUGGUAUCGAGCUCCGGAGCUACUACUUGGUGCAGAAGAAUACGGCUUCGAGAUCGACGUGUGGAGUCUGGGCUGUAUCUUUGCCGAGUUGUUGACCAAAGAACCUGUCUUCCAGGGCAAGAAUGAAGUCGACCAGCUGUCCAAGAUAUUCGCUUUGCUGGGGACUCCGACAAACGAAACAUGGCCUGGUUUCCGAUCCCUACCAAACGCCAAAGCCCUCCAUCCUGUUCUGUCCGGCUCAACAUCUCCGCCGUCCCUGUCAGCCUCGAAGUUCCCCUACAUAACCAACGCCGGCCUUCGGCUCCUGUCUUCUCUGCUGUCCAUGAACCCGACCGCCCGACCCUCAGCCAGCGAGAUCCUCUCGCAUCCCUAUUUCAAAGAAGACCCGCGGCCCAAAGCCAAAGAAAUGUUCCCGACGUUCCCCAGCAAGGCGGGCCAAGAGAAGCGACGGCGCAGAGCGACUCCUCAGGCCCCGGAGCGUGGAGACGCCCCUAGACUGGACGAACAAGAAUUUGCUGGCAUUUUCGCCGGAAGAGCCGAUGAGGAGCAGGGCGCCGGCUUUUCUCUUAGGUUAGGUUAA